AUGAGCAGCACAUUUGUAACAUUAGCUGAAGUGUUGGAGGCUCGAGGGGGCCCUCUGCUGGAGGAGGAGGUCUGGUCCCUGCUGCUGGCCACUGCAGAGUCUUUAGUGGAUGUCUCUUAUAAGGGUCAGAACAAUAUGUGUAAUAUAAUAAGCCCCACCUCCCUGCUGCUGUCAGCCACUGGCACUUUAGCAUUUAAGAGCUGCGGCCUAUCAGACGAGGUUUCCACCUUCACCGCUCCGGAGAUGCUGCAGGGCCGCGCCAGCUCAACCAAACCGGCCAUGGAGAGGAUGCUGGUGUAUUCACUGGGUAUGACUCUCUACUGGUCAGUUGAUUUUCACCUACCUCAAAAUCAGCCAGUCCAGUUGAGUGACCACCUGAACAGCCUCCUCCUCAGCAUGUGUGAGGAUCUGUCCCACCGCAGGAUCAAUCUCAACUCCAUCCUGGAAGCCUGCGAGUCUCAGCACAAAGCCUCCAUCCUGCCUCCGCCUGCCAAAGUCAUCAGACAGCUGGUGGAGGAGGUUUUCCAUGAAUCUAUGGACCAUGGCUCUCUCCCUGACAGUAAUGUCCCUUUGAACGGCAGGAGUCAGAUGAUCAGAGAGAGACUUCAUGGAAAGAGGGGGCCUCUGUCAGACUUCAGUGAAGGAAGCGCUGAGGGGAGGAGAUACUCAACGGACUCUGACUCAAAGUCAGGGAGUUUACAUCAGAGACCUUGGAGACAAAGACCAAGGAGUUCUACCACGCCGCUGUACCACUCUUCUUUAGACAGACUCCCUCGUGGGGUUCGUCACAGGGACAGCAACUGCAGUUGGCUUGGCGGGAGCCCCCACCACAACAUUUCUCCAAAGACGCCGGGCAGAUCUCAGAGUCCCUCCAUCACCUUCAGUGAGUCCUCGCUCAGCCUGAGCCAGAGGAAAGCCAAGUCUUUGGGUCCUGAGUUCGCCAGGAUGCCAGAUGAACAACAAAUAGUCCUCGAGCUUCCCGGAUCUAUCGUGUCCAAAAAGGGCCGUUCUUGCUCGUCUCAGAGAGAAGUGACUGUGGUGCUGCCAAACGGACAGUAUGUGGUGGUUCGCUGUGACAUUAAGUCCAAAGCACGAGAUGUGUUUGACAUGGUGGUGGCUCAUGCAAACUUGGUGGAGCACUUCUACUUUGGUCUUGCCUUUAUAGAUGAUGAUGAAUAUUUCUUUUUGGACCAUGACAUAAAGAUCUCCAAAGUUGCACCUGACAGCUGGAAAAAAGGGCAGAUAUCCUCCUUUUUGGUGUUUCUAAGGGUUAAAUUUUUCGUUGAUGAUAUCUCCUUCAUCUUGCACAAGCUGACCCGUCACCAGUACUACCUACAGCUGCGUAAGGAUAUCCUGGAGGACAGGCUGUACUGUAAUGAGGAGACGAGCUUGUUUCUGGUUGCUCUAGCUCUGCAGGCUGAGUUUGGUGACUACAUGCCAGAGCUUUAUGGAAAGAACUAUUACCAGCCAGAGCAUUAUGUGUCUAAGAGGAUGCUGGAGAAGCUGGCCCUGCCUAAUAUCAAGGAGGAGUUACCAAGACUGCAUUCAAGUCACGCACAGAUGCUCCCUGAAGAAGCUGAAACCGAAUAUCUCAAGAUUGCCCAGCAGUUACCGGAGUACGGGGUUAUGUUCCACCGUGUGGGUAGAGAGAAAAGGCCGGUGAUGGGAGAGUUAGUUUUGGGAGUCUGUUCCAAAGGAAUCAUAGUGUACGAGAUGAAGAACCACCUCCGCGCCGUCACCAGACGCUUCCUCUGGAGGGAAACUGACUCCAUAUCAACUGGGCGACGUAAACUGAUUAUAGAGUGCGGCGGACCCAGCGGGAGAAAGCACAGUUUUGUAACAGAGAGCUCAAAAAUAGCACAGUACCUCCUGAACCUCUGCUCGGCACAGCACAAGUUUCACAGUGAGAUGACGUCGCGACAACUGAACCACACCUUGAUACCAGAUGAAAACAUGGAGAAAUACCUGUCCGUCUACCAGAGUCAUAACUUGAACCUGAAGCGGAUGUCGUGCUCAGAGGGCAUGCUGAACCAUGUCGGUGUAACACCUGGUCAGCCGGACUCUAUCUCAAAGUCAUGUGAUGACCUAACAGCUAAGCUGGAGGCUCGGCUGCGCCAGCAGAGAGAGAUGAGGAGGGAGAUGAGCCGAGAGCUGAACAAGGAGCUCCUUGACUCAGGAGAGCACAGGGACACGAGAGAGCGACAGUGCUGGAGCACUCAAGAGCAGAUUCCCAGAGGGAUGUCCAGUGUGUCACUACAGAAGCAGGACUCCGACGCGUCUUCCUCCAUAAGAGUUGAAACACCGACCAGGACCCCACCUGAGAGAGAGAUCGUCUGUGUCAGCCUGAAAAAAGAUGCCAAACUUGGCUUUGGAUUUGUGAUUGUAGGUGAGGACAAUACAGGUAAACUCGACCUUGGGAUCUUCAUUGCUUCGAUUGUGCCUGACGGGCCCGCGGACAAAGAUGGACGAAUAAAACCAGGUGGACGCCUCAUUUCACUCAACAAAACGAGUCUGGAAGGAGUGACGUUCAGUGACGCUGCUGCUAUCCUACAGAGCAGCCCUGAUGAGGUGGAGCUCAUUGUGUCCCAGCCUAAACAGUCUCUGAAGGACCGUAAGAGCUCCCUGAGUCAAAGCACUUUGGGGUUAGCAUUGGAGAGGGGCUUUGGGUCACAGACCACUCUGAGCGGCACCGAGUACCGUCCUGCCAUGGAGGAGCUGGAGGAGGCCAUCACUCUGUCCAGUCUGGCAACCCUGAAACAAAACAGGAGGCUUCACAUUCCUGUUGUCAGAAUUCAUGAUGCCCAGGACGUAUGUUCCAGGUCUCCCUCUAUCCUUAGUCUGAAAACUGGGGAGCGGUUUAUGGUGGAGCUGAAGAAAAGUGGUGGCAGUCUUGGCAUGAGUGUUGCUGGAGGAAUAACCACCAACGUGCGAUACGGAGGCAUUUACAUCAAGAGUCUGGUGCCUGGAGGAGCUACAGAGCAAGACGGACGAAUACAAAUCGGUGACAGACUGCUGGAGGUUGAUGGGUCCAACCUAAGGGGCGUGACUCACCAACAAGCUGUCGAGUGCCUGAAGAGGACUGGGGAGGUGGUGAACCUGCUGUUGGAAAGGGAGCCAACCAUAAUACUGGAGCCCAGACCUGAAUCUCCCUGCCCCCCUUUGGCCCAGUGUCCAUCACACACACAGCCCCCCAGGACUGAAGUCUCCAUGGAAACGACCUUGAGUGGUCGAGCCAAGGACUACAGCUUUGUGACUGAUGAAAACACACAUGAAGUGGUGCUGAGGAAGAGUUUGUCCGGCCUCGGUUUCAGCUUUAACAUCUCGUGGCUGCACUCGGGGCCCGACAGUGGCAGCGUGGUCCGUAUCAAGCGCCUGUUCCCGGGACAGCCGGCGCUGGAGAGCGGCCUGCUCCGAGAGGGCGACAUCAUCCUGUCGGUGAACAAAGAGCCCGUCAAGGACCUCUCUUACCAGAGAGUCUUGUUUCUGCUACGUGGUGCUCCAUCUGAAGUUCAUCUGUUGAUCUGCAGACCAGGUCCUGGAGUAUUUUAUGUUGUAGAUGAAAACACACUGAGUCCUGCAGCCUUCAGAGAGGUCCGGUCUCGGUCUCUGGACAUCAGACUAGGAGAGGACUACAGCCAGCUGCUUAAGUUUAAAUAUGAUGUCAAAAUACCCGUCCAGAAGUCGGCUCCCACCCAGGAGGACGAUGUGACCAACGCAGCGGAAAAGAGGCCAGAACCUCCUGCACCUCCCGCGCUCCCAGACAACCAGGAGGGUGUUGAAAUCCAAGGCCAGAACAACCAGCCUCUCCCAUCCCCUCCCCGCUCGCCCCCGUCACCCACAUCGCCCACGUCGCCUCCGUCGCCAGUCUCACCAGCCUCGCCAGCCUCGCCCGCUUCCCCAGCAUCACCUGCCUCACCUGCACCCGGCUCUCCGACAGCCCCGUCAGAGUCCCAACCGACCGCUGGGAGACCGCCAGAGGAGGUGGAAGCAAAGCAGAGGAGCAGAGGCAAAGAGGAGGAGAAGGAGGUGGCAACGACGACAAGCUCCGUUGUGACGCCUAUGGACAUCUGUCCUAAAACUGUUUAUUCCAGUGGAGUCCGAGAGGAGGCCGAUGGAAGUGUGACCUACUGUCUGAUGGGAAAUGGACUGACCAUCAUGGCGGACGAAGAGUACCUGACCAUCAGCUCCACAAUGGAGCCUCCUCACAGCUUUUCCUCCAAUCUCACCUCUCACACCCCCUCAACCAACCUCCCAGCCCCCCACUCUCAAACCUCCGUCCCCAGCUCUCAGAAUCCAAACCUCAAUCCUCACAUCCCGACCACAAACAUCUCACCUCUCAACCUCUCGUCCGACACCCUGAACACCUUCCCCCUGACCCACCCUUCUCAGCCCCUAACGACGCAGCCGCCCAAAGCCAAGCACCACCCGAUCCAGCAGGUUCUCCCCAGUCACUACAAAGCCAUGUCCAAGAGCAGCAGGCCUCUUGUGCCUCCACCUCAGCCUCCUGCUCCGUCACCGUCCCCCAUCACAGCGCAGGUCAUGUCCUCCGUGCCUCCCUGUGCAAGUCCACCUGCACCGACGCUACCUCCCCCAGUGCUGCCCCCUAUUGGUCCGAGCCACACGCUGCUGAGGGAAGAACCAGAGAAAAGAGAGAGGACGUACAAGGAUGAUGAUGCAGAUUUGGAUGAAGAGGAGGAAGAGAGUAGAAGAAAGGGUUUGGUCAAAGAGUUUGAGCUGACAGUCUUUCUGAGCAAAUCCAGGAGUGGAAGCUUUGGGUUCACCAUCACCCGAAGCAAGCUGGACAACUGCUACUACAUCCAGGAAAUACUGGACAACCCCGCCAAGUCAGACGGUCGACUCAGAGCUGGAGACAGACUCAUCACAGUAAAUGGGCACAAUGUCACCAGUGUUGCAGACGAUGUUGCCAUGACGAUCCUCAGGUCGUCUCCGAGAAAACUGAGCAUGACCCUGGGGAGGGCUGUUACCAACCUGGUGGCCCCGCCUCCCUGUGACAGCCUGCCAGAUGUUGUUCUCUACAAGACGCCUUCAGGACAGCUUGGUAUUAAACUGACAGGAGGCAUUGGCAGCAAAUGGCAGGGCAUCUACUGUCUGGAGGUGGUGCCAGGCUCACCUGCCAGCGAGGAGGGCAGCGUCCAACCCAACGACAAGAUCCUCUACAUCAGUGGCAGGUGCACGCUGGGAAUGACCCUGGAGGAUGCAGUCAAAGCCUGUGAGAUCGCCCCGCGAAAAGUUAAACUCAAAAUCAUCAGAGAAGAAACACCAGUGACCCCGAAGGCUAAGUGGAACGGUCUGUUUGACUGGAAGAAGGACAGGAAAUUCUUUGCCCGUUUUGAAGAGCCGGUCUCUCCAGAGAGAGACUCUCCUACUGAAGAUGUCGAAGCUGUGUGUAGGACUGCGGGGAAUUUUCGAUGUCUCCCUUUCACCCAAGAUAAAGAUAGUUGCAUCAUGCAAGUGGACUUCACAAAACCAGAGGGAGGAGGCCUCGGCUUUGCUUUGGUUGGGGGAACUAAUGGCAGCAUGCUCAGAGUGAAGGAUAUCUGCUCUGGUGGAGUAGCUGAGCAGGACGGUCGACUGAGAGUUGGAGAUAUUCUAUUAGAGGUGAACGGCGUGAUCGUGUCCGGUCUGAGCCACAGUAAAGUGGUGGACAUCCUGCGUAAAGCGGAGGGCUCUGUUCAGCUCACCAUCUGCAGAGACAUCCUGCCCCUGACCUACUCUGAGUCACCCACACCGCCCAACAUGUCCGCUCACACUGAAGCUAUUCUAGCCGAGCAGCCGGCUCCUGUGUCCAGCCCUGAUACCUGCUCCUCUCCUGACGUCGUGCUGAAAAAGCCAGUCGAGCGCCCUCCAGAGAUAACAUCAGAUCCUGUGCUCGCUGAAGCUGGUGUGGUGCUAACCUCACCCCCGCCGCCACCUCGACGGCUGACUAUAGUCACAGACGAGGCUGCAGUUAAACAGGAGAGCUGUGAAAGCACGCCUUCUCAUCAAGCUUGCUGCCCGUCCCUCAAUGUCACUGACAUGUUGCAUGGAGCUUCUGACAGGAAACAAAUUGUGACCAAACUUUUGGACCAGUCCUGCAAAGACAUCCGGAAAACUCAGUCAGAUGGCUGGAGCAGCGAAGAAGAAGAAGAAGAAGAAGAUGAUGUGUUUGAAGCCACCAGUCUCGAAACAGCCUCACCACAAACAGGCCCACCCAUAGUUUCAGAGGAGGAACUGGCAAGUUUAGCCGUAAUUAGUCCCUCUAAGACCAGCCAGUACUCCGGUUCCAGGGUUAAAGCUCUCAUCCAGAUUCUGCAGCAUCAACUGGACCAGCAGGAACUGGUCAAAGAAUUCAUGGCUCUGGAGCAUCUGAAGCCCACGGACAACUGUUUGGUGGGAAAAGCCCCAGAGAACAGAGAUAAGAACCGCUACAGAGACAUCCUCCCCUAUGACAAAACUCGUGUUGCCAUUGGAGACAACCAGGACUAUAUAAACGCCAGCUUCAUCCGCUUGCAAGUUGGCGAUGAAGAGUUCUUCUACAUCUCCUGCCAGGGCCCUCUGCCCUCCACGGUGCCGGCCUUCUGGCAGAUGAUCUGGGAAAACAAAUCUGACGUGAUCGCCAUGAUGACCCAGGAAGUAGAGCGGGGAAGGAUUAAAUGUCACAAGUACUGGCCACAGAAGCUGGGCGUGCCUCUGGAUACGGGCAGGUACCAAAUUCACCUGGAGAACCAGCAGCACCUGGACUACUUCCACAUCAAGGUCAUCCGCAUGGUGGAGACAGAGUCCGGUCAGACCCAUUUUGUCCGUCACCUGAAGUUCACACACUGGCCUGACCACGGCGUGCCACAAAGCUCCGAGCAACUGGUUCGCUUCAUCCGCUACCUGAGAGCGGUGCAUCACGAAGGACCGGCCACCGUGCACUGCAGCGCCGGCAUCGGACGCGCAGGAGUUCUUAUCUGCACUGAUGUUCUUCUCAGCCUCAUUGAGAACGAUUUGCCUAUUGAUGUGACUGAAAUCGUAAAAGAGAUGAGGCUUCAGCGUCAUGGGAUGAUUCAAACCAAGGAACAGUAUCUCUUCUGCUACAAAGUCUGGUUGGAGGUUUUACAGGGCAUUUUACAGCUUCACGGCAACCAAUGGCAACCGGAAAGUCCCAGAGACCACAAAGUCGUCUGAAUGUUUCCACCUCCACUUCAGCGAGCUGUAAAGCACUGACUGACUUUUAGAAACCACGUGCAGGCUAUCACAGCACAGACCGGAGAUCUCUUUUUCUUUGGCUGUAGUUUAGUUUAAUUAGCUUUUAUGAAACCUGUACUUCCUCUCCGUUUUGAUACUUUGUGUUGAGCCCUUUUGUUAUUGACUUCUACUCUUUUUUUUUUUUUUUUUUGUUCUGUAUGUGCUCUCGGUGCUGUGAUGAUGUCUGUUUAAUUUAGAUCACUGAGGUUGUUUUGCCUUUUCAGGCUUAGUGAUUUGCCUUCUGUCUCUUAGCAACUUUUUUUUUUUCAAAUGUGUGUGUCACUUUUUGAAUGUUUCUCAUUUACUUUCUCCCCAUUUCCUCAUU